UUAAAGUAAAAUUAAAUGUGAGCCAUGGAGUCGUCUUUGAGCCUCUGCUACCGCCCUUUCCCUUCACGCGUUUCCUCGCCUCCUCAACCCUUCCAAUCCAAUUCCCCACUAAUUUUUCACCUUAAUUACCCCACCUUUUGAUCCAAAUCUCGUUGUGGGGAUUGGAUUUGGCCGAGUUUGUGAAUGGGGUGGUCGUUGCUAGUGCUCCUACUGCUAUUUUGGAGAUUGGAUCUCGGCGAUUGGCACAAUGGGGAAGGUGUGGAGAUUUUCGGAUUCAAGGAGAAGGUGGAAUUGGACCGCAAUGGAGCUUCGUCGUACUGGGGUGAGCGAGGCGCAUUCGGUUCGUGUUCGUUGUUUGGGGUUUGGUGCUCUGAAGGAAGAGUCGUGAUUCGUGAUGGAAACAUUCGAAAUGCAAAUACGCGGAAACUUCUACAAAUAGGUAGCAAUGAUCUUAUGCCACCGGCACCAACACCAACACCAACACCGGACCCGACUUUUUCACCUAUUUCUUCACCCUCGGUUGAACCCUUUCCUCCAGCCGAGCCGCCAUGGAUUCCACAAUCUCCAUUGGCUUCUACACCAACUAUCUCCUUUCCAUCAUCUCCUUCCAGCCUUAUUAAUCCAUCCCCCACCCCUGCUCCCACACCUUCACCUAUAACCAGGCCUCCAUCCCCACAAAUAGCCACGACACCUUCUGCACCUGUACCAACUCUUUCAUCGACAGUCAAAGUCGGCUCACAUAGAAAGCAUGUGAAUUUGGCGGCUAAAUAUGGGUCGAUAGCUGCAGGAGUUUCCUUUUUCCUUGCCAUGUUUGGUUUGUCUAUCUUCUGCUGCCGGACAAACAAGGUUGAGACUGUUAGACCGUGGGCAACGGGCUUAAGUGGACAGCUACAAAGAGUUUUUGUGACAGGCGUGCCUGCUCUCAAACGGUCGGAACUGGAAACAGCUUGUGAAGACUUCAGCAAUGUGGUUGGUUCUUUAUCAGGCGGCAUGCUUUACAAGGGAACUCUAUCGAAUGGUGUUGAGAUAGCGGUGGUAUCAAGUGUGAUAACAUCUGCACCAGGUUGGUCAAAACAAUGUGAAUCCCAGUUCAGGAAGAAGAUCUCGAGUUUGUCCAAAGUUAACCACAAGAAUUUCAUGAGCCUGCUCGGCUACUGCGAGGAAGAAGAGCCUUUUACCAGGAUGAUGGUGUUUGAGUAUGCUCCCAAUGGGACACUUUUUGAGCAUCUCCAUGUCAAAGAAGCUGAUCACUUGGACUGGUCGACUAGACUUCGGAUAUCCAUGGGGAUAGCUUACUGUCUAGAAUACAUGCACCAGCUAAAACCCCCCGUCAUCCUCAGCAAUCUCGACUCGUCGACCAUCUUCCUAACUGAUGAUUUUGCCGCCAAAGUCUCUGAUCUUGAUCUCUGGACUGACAGUAAGGGAACUGAUAAAGCUAGCGAGAACUCAAGCACCUUUUCAUUCUUAUCAGAUCAAGAGAGUGUCGUCUACAAGUACGGUAUCCUUAUUUUAGAGAUAAUAUCAGGUCGGAUUCCAUUUUCCAGCGAGAAAGGCAUUCUCGAAAGCUGGGCUUCAUCUUACUUAAAUGGCGAGAAGCCUAUUCACGAAAUGAUUGACCCCGGCCUCGAAUCCUUUAGCGAGAAAACACUAGAUGCCCUUCUCGAGGUGAUAUUGUCAUGCAUUGAUCCGAAUCCUGAGAAGAGACCGACAAUGGCCGAGGUGGUGACCCUCAUGAGAGAGAUCACAGGGAUGCCUCCAGAUGGCGCAACUCCAAAAGUCUCCCCAUUGUGGUGGGCCGAGCUCGAGAUUAUCUCAUCCGAGGCUAACUAAGGAUGGAAUACUUUGCCUUCUUUGUGAUUAGAAAUUCGUUUGUUCAAUUUGGUUUGAUAUUCGUUUGUUCAAAUUGGUUUGUUGUCAGAAUUUUUUUUCUACCUCAAUUUGUUUUGCGUUGUGAGUGGGCACUACAGAAACAAUGUAGAUGAUACAGAGAGGAAGAGUCGGUUGAUGCUGUAACACGUUGUAGUAUUUUCAAAGUGUUAGGGUGCUGAUGUUUGUGGAGAGUGGCCCUGGAAAAAUAACCGCUUUCAAAAGCUGGAAAAAAAAAGAAAAGAAAAGAAAAGAAGAGGAGAAUUACAAUAAAUUUUAGAGCCGUUUAUUAGUUGUUUGAUCA